GGUGCCAUAUUCUGUGUGGCUCAGCUGCAUGGAAAACAGAGAACCAACUGGAAGCUGUUCAUUCAUUCAUUCAUCCAUUCCCAGCGCAUCCUCGCGCCACACCAGCCUGCACGAGCACUAUCAGCUUUAGCUAGCUAGCCAUUCAGCUGGUUGGCCAUUGCUCUGGCUUAACCAACUAAAAUGGCACACUUGAAGCAUUAAAAGUGGCUGUCCAAAAUGUGAAACUCUUCCUGCAUUGUGUGAACCAGCAGGGAAUCAGACAAUCAUCAGUGGUGCUGCGGACGUGGUGGCUUUGCAAUAAGGAUCAUGUGGUGGGCCUGGCCAUUCCUGCCUGCUCUGGUGCUUCUCUCAGAGCUCUCUGUGGUGAGAGUCCAGACUGCGCCAUGCCAGACCUGCCGAAAACUCACAGAGAGUUUUAUUAUGGGCUUGGAGAAAACUGCCAACAAGAACUUUGGGGGAGGUAACACUGCCUGGGAAGAAGAAAAGCUGGCUAAGUAUGCACGCAGUGAGACUCGGCUCCUAGAGAUAGUAGAAGCUGCUUGUGAGAAAACAGAUUUUGAAUGUAACCAGCUGCUGGAGCAGAUAGAGGACCAAGUGGAGACAUGGUGGUUCCACAGGCAGCAGGAGGCACCGGACCUGUUUGAGUGGCUGUGCAUAGAGGAGCUGAGACUCUGCUGUCCACCUGGACGCUUUGGACCUCACUGCAAAGAAUGUCCCUCCGGCCCUGGUGGUGUGUGUGGAGGUCUUGGCCGCUGCGAAGGGGAAGGGACUCGCCUGGGAGAUGGAGAGUGUGUCUGUGAUCCCGGAUACUCGGGCCGUCUAUGCCAGAGCUGUGCUGAUGGCUACUACAGAGAGAAAAGCUCCAACGACAGCACAGGAGCCUGUGCAGCUUGCUACCACUCAUGUAAGAAAUGCUCCGGCCCGCAGGACUACAAAUGCCUUGACUGUAAACCCGGUUGGAUCCUUCAUGACAACAAGUGCGUGGACAUUGACGAGUGUGGUACAGAGCUGGCUCGUUGUCCUUCUAACACCUACUGCCACAACACAGAGGGAUCAUAUGAAUGCAGAGGCUGUGACCAGGCAUGUGUGGGCUGCAUGGGUAGUGGUCCUGCCCGCUGUAAGAAAUGUUCACGUGGCUACAGAUUGAAUGGAGCCAAGUGUCUCGAUAUAGAUGAAUGUAGCGAACGUGCAAUAGCAUGCCCUGGACUCAAUGAGGCCUGUAUCAAUGAGGAGGGCUCCUUCCACUGUGACUGUGCUGAUGGAUUCAUUAGAAGAGAUAGCAUCUGUGUUGAGAAUAAGCCCCCUGCUGGCCCAGAGAAGGGGCUGUUUGACGACAUGACAGAUGAUGAGGUCCUUGUACUGCAGCAGAUGUUCUUUGGCGUUGUAAUCUGUGCCCUAGCUACGCUCGCUGCUAAGGGUGACAUGGUUUUCACAGCCAUUUUCAUUGGAGGUGUGGCUGCUAUGGCUGGAUACUGGCUGACAGAAAAGGGAGACUACAUGCUGGAUGGAUUUCUGAAGGGACGCUAGACUGUCUGGGGCCACGAUUUGAGAAAAGACCUUGAAAUACCAGCUAUUUAGGGUAAAUAAGACUCAACUGGGGGCAGGAAACUAUCCCUACAAUGCUAGCCUUUCAGGGAUUCAUUUGGGAGUGGGGAGUUACUUGAAAGGGCUUGGGUUCAUUUAUGUUAAUGAAUAGGAUAAUGCAGGAAAAAGUGAGAACUUUAAGGCUAUGAAGCCAACAGUCUUGAAGAGGAAUAACAAAGCACUGAUAUAAAAGAAUUGAACUUAAUCACCUACCUCAACUUUGUUGGGAACAAGGGUGACAUUGUGACUACUGAUUGUUAAAAUUUAUUAUGCAUUUGGAUGUCUCAUUUGGCCUCGAUGUUGCUCAAGAAAUGAUGUCGUUUUCUUCCACACAAUCAAAACCUCCAGUCAUCAUGUCCAUCAUGUUUUUCAUUAUAUCAAUGCUACGAAGCAGAGGUUUUCACAUAGAUUGAAUGGUACGCAAGUUUUGGCUGUGUCAGGUUGGGCACAGGGUUGGAUAAGGGAAUUUUAAGAAUUUCCUCAAAUCACCCCAUAAAGAAAGCUCAACGAAACUCUGGGAUAUUUCCAUUAUGAACUACUGGUUAUUUAUGUUCACAGAAUGACUUUUUACCUCCUUACUUACUGAACGAUUCUUUUUAGUAAUGCAUGAAAAUAGGAUUUGAAAUGAAAGAUACUACACAGUAUGUAUUAUUUAUUUAUUGUCUUACUUUGGCAUGGAAGACUGUUGGAUCAUCAACAUUACUGCUAUUGACCACUUAAUGAGUGUGAGGGAAUGUGCUUAGUUAAAUACCAGCUUUAAUCUGGAUGAUUGAAGCCAUUUUCUGUUGCCUUUAAUUUAUUUUGAAAGCAAUAUUUAUUGGAAAGAUGUUUAUCAUAUUUUGCUCUUGACAUUUCCUCUGUGUAUUUGUGUACAUUUUCAAUGCAGUUUUUUAAUCUGUUCAAUUGUAAUUCUAGCAGCAGAUAUAGUAGCAUCAUGUAAGAAAGCCACUGAAGCAUCACUUCAUACCCGCCCAUAUUUAUUUAUCUUUGGUUUUCCUAGAGUGGAAAGUUGUCCAGAGUGUCAUUAUUAAUUACAGAUGUUUGCUUUACAAUAAAAAAAAAUCCAUCA